AUGACCGCCACAGAAGCAUUGCAGACCAACCCCGCGGUACCCCGCUAUCUGAGCGGCGACGGAGCUGGAAUUCGUGAGUUCUUGGACAAGUUCGAUGUGUUCCUGUUCGAUUGCGAUGGUGUCCUCUGGUCCGGCGAUCACCUCUUCCCCGGAACGAAUGAGACGUUGGAACUGUUGAGAAGUCGAGGCAAGCAGGUUGUCUUCGUCACGAACAACAGCACUAAGUCCCGAGCAGACUACAAGAAGAAACUCGAGUCCCUAGGCAUCCCCGCCUCAACGGAGGAAAUCUUCUCCUCCUCCUACAGCGCCUCGAUCUACAUCUCCCGUAUCCUGAACCUCCCCCCAAACAAGCCUAAGGUCUUCGUCCUCGGCGAAACCGGCAUCGAGCAGGAACUCCGUUCCGAGAACGUCCCCUUCAUCGGGGGCACAGACCCCGCGUAUCGACGAGACAUCACGCCCGAAGAUUACAAGCAAAUCGCAGCGGGAGAUUCCUCGCUGAUUGACCCGGAAGUCGGAGUGGUGCUGGUCGGACUGGAUUUCCACAUCAACUACUUCAAGUUGGCGCUGGCGUUUCACUAUGUUCGGCGCGGCGCGGUGUUCCUCGCGACGAAUAUCGAUUCGACGCUGCCGAACUCUGGGACGCUGUUCCCUGGCGCUGGGUCGAUGAGUGCGCCGCUGAUUAUGAUGCUGGGUAGGGAGCCGGUGUCCCUGGGGAAGCCGAAUCAGGCGAUGAUGGAUGCCAUCGAGGGCAAGUUCAAAUUCGAUCGCAGCCGCGCGUGCAUGGUUGGGGACCGCGCGAAUACUGAUAUCCGGUUUGGUCUGGAGGGCAAGUUGGGUGGCACGUUGGGUGUGCUUACGGGUGUGAGCUCGAAGGAGGACUUCGAGAGUGGUGAAGUCAGACCGGCGGCUUACUUGGAUAAGUUGUCGGACCUGCUGGAGUCGCAGUAG